UCGUUUCAUCACUUCCGUCUUCUGCGUGUCUUUCACAGCAGCUUCUGCGUGGGUCCAUCUCGACUGGUUUGGAUUUAUCGAGAAGUUAUUUUAUAAACUCGAUCAUUAAUACAAUUAAGUUAAAUAAGUCAGCAUGAAGAUAUCUGGUGGAUGUUACUGCGCGCUGGUGCUCGCGCUCGUCACCGCGGUUUCAGGUGUUGAUGUGAAGGCUGCAGUGGGAGAUGUAGUUAGUUUUAAACCUGACAUUCGAUCAUCUCUUAAAGAAAGCAGCAUCACAUGGAAAUAUACAACUCGUGGUGAUGUGAUAAAGGUGAUUGAAUGGGACAAUGACUUUAAGACUUUAGAAAGUCUGAAUCCUAAAUUCAAGAGAUGUGUAGAUCUCGAUAUGACCACUGGAGAACUCACUAUAAGAGAUUUACAGCUGGAACAUACUGGACUUUAUACCAUUGAGAUCGACAACAAAGAGCAAUACAAAAGAUUCACAUUGACUGUUAAGGAGGGCGUCCCCACACCAACAUUAAAACAAGAGAAAGCAAGUAAUGAUGUUAUGAAUUUGACAUGUGAGUAUAACGCAAUGAUCCGCUGGGCUUGUUCUGAUGGUGAAAAACCACAAACCACAAAGCUAGCAAAGCCAAGACAAGGAGAGUUUAUUACAUUCAGAAGAGCUGAAAACCCAGACGUCUGCUGCACCUGUACACUCUUCAAUGAUGUGAGUGAGAAAACCAGCAAUCAGAUCUGUGUGAAAGAUCUCUUUUAUGGUUUAAGCACCGCAGCUAUCAUUGUAAUUGUAAUCGUUGUAAUUAUAAUCAUUGGAAUUCUUUUAAUCUUUGUCAUCUGUUACCCGCAUUUCUGCUAUAAACUACGGUUGAUUUUACACAAGGAUGCCAGUCGUCGCUCUCGCUCUUUUAAAGCAAUCUUAAAAAAGUGACCUUUGUGCAGUGGCAGUUUUGUACACGUCACUGACAUUACCACCAUGCACUGCUAGUGGAUCUUCUCGUCAUGGGACUACCAGCUUUACUAUUGCAACUGGACCUCCUAACCUCAACAUCUUAAUAACAUUAAGAUUUAUUAACAGAUUUUAUUAAAACUACUUCUAUGAUUCAAGACUAUUACUGAUAACACUGAUAAACCUUUACAACUGCACAUACUUUACACUACACAUAUGUUUUACAGAUGAGUCUUAGUUAAGGGUUCUGCAGUAGAUUGUCAUGAACUCAUAAGUCAAGUCAUAUGUACACGUAAGAGAAGUAAUAACACAAAAACUUGUUUCUAUCGGUCAAGAUUCGACAAGGAAUUUUGACCAGGGACUGAAAAAAUUUGAGGCCGAUCCAGGAAACUUGGGUCUGUUUGGAAAGGAGAUUUAUAAACAUUCCUAAAGAAUGUAUGGUCUUAAUAAGAUAAUGAUAAUGAAUAUGAUCAAACAAUAAUUAAGUAACGUGUUGAUGAAAACACUGAUGUCUGCUUUUAUAUUUUAAAUAAUAAUGCAAAUAAUGUAACCCAUAAAUGAGGGAAUUCCUGUAUGUCAACAACAAAUAGAUAUUUGAUAUGAAGUGUCUUUAAUUGCUCAAUGAGAAAGCAAGAGUUUGGGUCUCAACUUGAUGUUAAAUUGAGAGGAUAUGAAAGACUAACCAGAUUAAAGUGGUAUUUAUGUUGUGGGCAAACCAUAAUAAAUAAAAACUAUUUUACCAUUAAAA